UGUCGCUUGCCGUUCCUUGUACUGCCUGAGCAAUCUCUGAGUUCUGAGGGAGUUUACUUGUCUGCUGUAUGGUGUCUGGAUCUUUGUGAGUACUCCGAGUUUGGGGAAUUGCUGGGGCUGUGGUUGUCUUGGAUGGAAUUUCGCAAUGGUCAUCAAGUGGAUUGACCCUGAUGCUCUCCACCAAGGCAGCGAAGGACUCGCCGUGAACAAUACUUUCCGGAACCGGUUGCUAGCUCGCAUCGCACUCCACACAACAGCCAAGGUGUUCAAGCGGGACCCGCCCUGUGUCCGUCUAACUCAAGGAAAGAUUCUCAAGACGGGACUCGAUGUCCACCUUACCGAAGCGGCGACGCUGAAGUAUGUGGCGGAACACACUUCGAUCCCAGUCCCGAAAGUCUAUUGCUCCUUCCUCCACAAAAAGCGUGCAUAUAUCGUCAUGGAACGCAUCCGAGGCGAAUCUCUAGCAGCCGCCUGGACAAAACUGACGCAAGGGGCACGCGAGAAAAUCUUUCUACAGCUGAAGAACAUGAUCCAAGAGCUUAGAAGUCUAAAGCCGCCGCCAGGAACUGGAAUACAGAGCUGUGUUGGAGGAUCGCUCUAUGACACGCGUCUGCCCCAUGGAACUCCACGCUUCGGGCCCUUCAAAUCGACGCUCGAAUUCCAUCACUGGCUAAGGGACGGGCUUGAACCCUCGCAGAUCGGCCCUCACGUAUCCGAAGAAGAUGCCCGUGACCUCAAAGCCAUGGUCGCCAGACAGGACCGAGAUGAUUGGGGUGCUCCAGUCUUCACACACUGUGACUUGAAUCCCACAAACAUCAUCGUCCGUGGGGAGCAGAUUGUCGCCAUCAUCGAUUGGGAGUUUGCCGGAUGGUAUCCGGCCUACUGGGAAUAUGCGUGCGCGUGGUUUGGAAACAUUCUACGGACCGAAUGGCAGAAUACCCUACUCUCAAUACUCGACCCCUAUCCCGAGGAGCUGGAAAUGGACAGGACGCGCUGCAAAUGGUACGGGGAAUGGUAGCGCGGGGUCCAUGAACCCAGGGACUUCAGGCGCCCAUGAAUAUAUUGAAGACCUAUUCAAGGAGUACUCAAACAAUCGUCUCCUUCCCCUCCAGCAAAUCGUACGUCGGCCGCGGCCUCGCCAAAUCCUCCGGCCUCUCAUACCUCCCCUCCUCCCUCUUCCGCCCAAUAUACCCCCU